GGAGGCGGCGCAACUUGCAUUUGCCGAAUACAAACAGAAGGUUAACCAGACUGACAGCAGUUCGUCUAACUAACUAAUAUCAAGAUUAUCUUAUUGUCAUCACGGAAUAAUCGUGUUUUUGUUAUGUGAAGUGGACUCUGAUUUUAUUAGGACUGUGACUGACCAUCAUGGCUUCGGCCCCCCUACUAAGAAGGACAGAUUCAGCUCGGGGGGAAUUUUCCCCUUUGAAGCAUUUCGUUGUAGCCAAGAAAAAGAUCAGCGAUGUGUUUGAACAACUUCUCAACUAUGUGAAGGAGACCUCCGAGUUUGUAGAAGACAUAUAUGGGAACAAAGCUUUGGAGAAAAUUGCCACUGAGGACCAGAAGUUGGAGAUUCUGGCCUUUGCUGACAAACUGGGUGUCAUUAAGGAGGUGCUUGCACGCAGACACAUGAAGGUGGCCUUUUUUGGCAGGACUAGUAAUGGUAAAAGUACAGUGAUCAACGCCAUGCUGAGGGAUCGCGUGCUGCCCAGUGGGAUUGGCCACACCACCAACUGCUUCCUGAGCGUGGAGGGUACUGAUGAGGACAAGGCCUAUCUUAAGACAGAGGGCUCUGAAGAUGAGAAGAGCAUUAAAACUGUAAACCAGCUGGCUCAUGCACUUCACAUGGAUAAAAGUCUGGACGCUGGCUGUCUCGUUCGUGUGUUCUGGCCAAAGACCAAGUGCGCUCUGCUCCGAGAUGACCUGGUUCUUGUUGACAGCCCAGGGACAGACGUGACGUCACAGCUGGACAGCUGGAUUGACAAGUUUUGCCUGGACGCUGACGUCUUUGUGCUGGUAGCAAACUCGGAGUCAACCCUCAUGAACACGGAAAAACACUUUUUCCAUAAAGUGAAUGAACGUCUCUCAAAACCGAACAUCUUUAUUUUGAACAAUCGCUGGGAUGCCUCUGCAAACGAACCAGAAUACAUGGAUGACGUGAGGAAGCAGCACACAGACCGUUGUGUGAACUUUCUGGUUGAUGAGCUGAAAGUUGUUGACCGCGAUCAGGCACCAAACCGCAUUUUCUUUGUUUCUGCUAAAGAAGUGCUCAGCUCCCGGAUGCAGCGAGCGCAGGGCAUGCCAGAAACAGGUGGUGCCUUGGCUGAGGGUUUCCAGGAGAGACUGAAGGAGUUUCAGAGUUUUGAAAGAAGAUUUGAGGAGUGUAUCUCGCAGUCAGCAGUGAAAACAAAGUUUGAGCAGCACACAAUCAGGGCCAAGCAGAUCACAGAACAAGUCAAGACCAUCAUGGACAACAUCAAUAUCGAGGCAGCGGAGAAGCGAGUGGCAGCGCUGGAGGACAGAGAGUACCAGAUGGACCGGUUGGAGUUUGUCAAGAAUCAGCUCAAUUUGCUGAUUGACGACAUUAAGAAGAAGAUCAAAGCCAUCAGUGAGGAUGUGGAGUCCAAGGUGUCCAUGGCCAUGGGAGAGGAGAUCAGCCGUCUGCAUGUAAUUGUUGAUGAGUUCCACGCUGAUUUCCAUCCUUCCUCUCACGUCCUCAAGCUCUACAAGUCUGAACUACUGGUCCAUGUGGAGGAGGGGAUGGGAAAGAACCUGGCCUUCCGCUGCUCUAAUGCCAUCAACGCCUCUGUCCAGUCCUCUCAAAGCUACAUGAUAGAGAGCAUGCUGCCUCUGCUUCCCUCUGCUGCCCAGAGCCAAGUCAACAUGCUGGUUCCCAACAGGACCUUUGACCUGAGCUACGACCUAAACUGCGCCAUCCUUUGCAGCGACUUCCAGGAAAACAUUGAGUUUCAGUUUUCGUUGGGCUGGAAAGCUUUAGUUCACCGCUACCUGGGAUCUGCUAAUGCACAGAGGGCCCUGAGUCUGGUGAACCAGAACUUACAGACUUCUCAAGCAGCAUUGCCUCUGGCUCAAACUCCCUCAUCUGGACCCCCAUCCAUCGCAGCUCCGCCUAGCAACGAGAGAGCCCUCAUGACUCAGGAAGAUCUGAUGGUAGCCAUGGCAACCAACGUGGCAUCCCUCACUUCCCGUGCUUCAAUGACCGUUAUUAUUGUUGGAGGAGUGGUGUGGAAAACGGUUGGCUGGAGGCUCAUUGUCCUGUCGGCCUCUCUUUAUGGCCUGCUGUACCUGUACGAGAGACUCACCUGGACCACAAAAGCUAAGGAGCGUGCUUUGAAGCGCCAAUUUGUAAAUUAUGCCACCGAGAAACUACAGCUCAUCGUCAGCUUUACUAGUGCAAACUGUAGUCACCAGGUCCAACAGGAGAUGGCCACGACCUUUGCUCGGCUCUGUCAGCAGGUGGACCAGACGCAGAAAGAGCUGGAGGCAGACAUCCAUCAACUGACAGCCAAGAUAAAUCAGCUGGAGGCCGUCCAGAAUCACUCGAAGAGCCUGCGGCAUAAAGCCACAGAGCUGGAGAAACAGUUGGAGGAAUUCACACACCAGUACCUGCAGCCUCAGGAGUGAAGACACUCCUCUUCAUCGCUCCACAGUUUGGCUCUUAUGGAGCCGUCUCUAUAAACCGUCAACCAGUAGGUGAUGGCCC